AAUUUUUAGAACAGUGUCGCAAGGAUCAAGCCAAAAUGCGCUGGUGUUGGGUUUUACUCUUGGCUGCAGUGGCUCUCGCCCAGAAUUCUGAAGAAGAACUUGAUUUGGCAGAACCAUGUGAUCCGCAGACCUGCCAGUUGCCAGAAUGUCGGUGUGCAUCCACAGACAUCCCUGGGAACUUAGCUCCAAGGGAUACCCCACAGUUCGUGAUGGUGACCUUCGACGACGCAGUCAACGUCAUCAACAUUGAAACCUACCGUGAAGUUCUAUACGACCGUAGGAACAGCAACGGCUGCCCAGUUGGCACCACAUUCUACGUCAAUCACGAGUAUACAAACUACCAGAUUGUCAAUGAACUGUACAACCAAGGUUUUGAGAUCGCUCUCCACUCCAUCAGUCAUAGGACGCCCCAGACCUGGUGGCAUGAAGCUGGCCUUGAAGACAUGAGGCAAGAAUUCGGAGACCAGAUCGAGCAGAUGGCGCAAUUUGCCAAUAUUCCUCAAGACGCUAUCCAUGGCAUCCGAAGCCCAUUCCUGCAACUGAGCGGGAACGCCACCUUCCAAGUCAUCAAAGAGACUAGUCUCACCUACGACUGCUCGUGGCCGACGAUCACUUCCCUCGACCCUGGUCUCUGGCCUUACACCCUGGACUACGCAAGCACCCAGGACUGCGUCAUUCCCCCCUGCCCUACUGCUGCUCUGCCUGGUGUUUGGGUUGUACCUAUGGUCUCCUGGAGGGAUCUGCAAGGUAUACCUUGCGCGAUGGCGGAUUCUUGCUUCUUUACUCCUCCAAUGAACGACGAAGACGCCUGGUUCCAAUUCAUCACACGGAACUUCGAGAGCCACUACUUCGGCAACCGCUCGCCCUUCGGCUUCUUCGUCCACGAGUGGUACGUCCGAGCCAACCCGGCGGUCGAACGCGCCUUGAUCAGGUUCCUGGACGUGAUCAAUAAUAUUCCUGAUGUGUUUAUGGUGAAUACCAAAGAUGUGGUGGACUGGGUAAAGAACCCCGUUCCUGUAAAUGAGUACAGCCAGAAGGCUUGCAACUUGAACCAACCCACCACCUGCCGUCAAGCUGUUUGUGGGCCUCUGACCGCUGACCAUACUGAAAUGCAAUACUGGAUGGCCGUUUGCAGCCAAUGCCCGACCAAUUACCCGUGGAUAGGAAAUCCCCUUGGGAACUAGUUAAGAUUAACACAUUAAAAUCGUAUUUAUUAUCACAGCAAAAAA